AGGGCCUUCUCCGAUCCUUUUCUUUUUAUCCAUUUUCUCUCUUCUUUGGUUUCUGCAUCUCCUUCUUCAUCCUUAUUCAAUGGAUUCAAGCUCUCGAAUCCUCUCUCUUUCUUUUUUUCCCCUCUUUCCUUAUUUUUCACUCUUUUUCAAAUCCCAUCUUCUUUGUUCUUAUCGUUAUCAUUUAUCUAAAAAGGCUCUAUUCAUCCAUAAGAAAUUAAUUUGGUAUUUGAAAGAUCUGGGUAAAUUGAGUUUUUUCAAGAAGGAAAAAGGUUGAUAGAUUGGAAGAUGGAUUCGGGGGUUUAUCUUCUUCCUCCUAUCCCACGAGCCUCAUGUUCUUGUUAUGUCAUAGAAUAGUUGCUGAAGAGAGUCUCUAUGUUCUUCCCUUUCAACACAGUAGCAUUAGUACUCUUGUGUGGGUAGUGGAUGAAGAGCUCUGCAAUUUCUUGGAUUGGAUGUGGACAAGAUCAGCUCCGUGGGAUUUCAUACAAGAAAUUGAUUCUUCAUAGUUUGUAAUUUUUGGAUAAUUCAUCAUUACUUAAAACAUAAAAAGCCUGCAUCUUUUGUUGUAGAGUUUGUUGAUUUCUUGUUUUACUUGAAUUUCGAUGGAAUUGAAUGCGGAUUUCGAUUGUAGUUUGCGAUGGGAGCUUUUCAAAAAGAUAAGUGGUGGUGAAGGAGAGGUGUUGAUGGACUGAUAGGGUAGCAAUGAUUGGUGAGAUUGGAGGAGAAAGAACCGUGAAGGAGAAAGAGAAAGUGGGAACAACAGAAAAAUUGUAUUUUUACAAAAUUAAUUUUUGAUAUUUGAUUAUUUUUAAAAAAUAUAAUUAAAUCAUUCCAGUUCUCAAACCAAACAAGGUUAUGAUUAUUUGAAUCUAAUCCGCCAUCAUUCAAAUCCGUUUCCAAGUGAUAAAACAAACGCCUCCUUAGUCGUUUGGACAUAAGUUGGGGGCUCUCAUUUUCCUUAAUUUCUAGCCGGACUCGAACUCAAAGAGGAGCUUGAGCCGAAAUUUUCAGGCUCGAGCCGAGCUCGAGUAUUGAAAGUUGAAAUAUUUGUCACUUCAUACACUCCUUUUCUUCUCGUCUUCUUCCUCCUUUCUUCUUCCUCGCCGGGAAAACCAAGCGGCCACCGCCGGAGCUACCGAAACUAGCCGCCAAUAACACGGGUGACGGUAAAAAAAUACGGGUUUAGUUUGGAGGACAUGCAAUCUAUUUGUAGAAAUGCCCAAAGGGCAGGGAGUCAAACAAUUAAUUACUGGAAGCUGGGUUGUUUCAAACCAUUGAGGGAUUCUGAUCCAAUUAUGAAGGCAACCCUUGGUCUGAGUUUCAAAACCUUUCAGAACAUGGAGUUUGCCACCAAAAGUGCCUUCUUGAUGCCAUUCCAUAAUAUUGGCACUUCUCAAGCAGCCAAGCCUUUCUCUGAGUAUACACUGUCUGUAGCUCAAAUGGCAAAUCAUAGAUCAUCUCAGACGUGCUUCUCAACAAUGGAAAAUGCCGGUGUUAAUGUUCCUCUAAAUAACUCUGAUGUACCACAACGCAUUAAAAUGAAGAGGCUUGAUAAAACUGCAAGGCACAUAAUGCAGAUUCUUGAUAAAGAAGCCGUUGAGGAUGUGAAGUCUAAGAGAGAGAUUCCUGAUAUCAGACCUGGUUACUUUGUGCAACUUAAAGUGGAAGUGCCUGAGAACAAAAGACGUGUUUCAACAGUUAAAGGUGUUGUAAUAGCGAGGCGCAAUGCUGGUCUAAAUACCACUUUCAGAUUAAGAAGAUCAGAGGCUGGAGUUGGAUUUGAGUCACUUUUUCUUCUGUAAGUCUCUUUGGGAACUUAAUCCACAUUGAAUCUUGACGUGCUAGCAUGUGGCGGUGCACAAGUUUCUGUGAUUUCCUUUUUCCCCAUGUUUGUCUGAAGACAUUUUCUGGUGAAGAGAAAUUAUAUAGAGUCGAUCAAUUCCAUCCUGCUUCAUGAAGUAGUUAAUAAUUCUUGGCAGGGAUCUACUUCACAAGUCCUUCAUAUGUAUUGCCUGUUUGUGUGGAGUCGAAACUCUUGAUUGACUUGGCUCCUGAUGUGAUUACUUUUAAGGCUAUGUAAUCAUUUUUGGGCUCAUGUGCACUGCAUGGUAUUUACUUUUGGGUUCACUUUGAGAUGUUUAAGCAUGUAUCAGUCCAUUUUUCGCUGUAAUCACUACUUAUUUGUUGUGAUGGUGCUUGUGGUGAUGUUUGAAUCACAUAUUUUGCAUCAGGUACUCGCCAAACAUAAAGGAGAUAAAGAUCCUGGACAAGAAGAAAGUGAGGAGGGCCAAGCUCUACUAUCUCAGGGAUAAAAUGAAUGCUAUGACUGCAUUGAAGAAGAAAAGAAGAUAGGUUGCUGUUUCUGUUUUAGUUAUGGGAAGCUUCAUUGCUCUUGUUUUUGCAGAGCUUAGUUUGAUUUUGUAACAGUUUUAAGUGAAAAGAAAUUUCGAAGAACAUUUCGGGAUUCUAGAUAUUGUGACAAGUGGAAAAAAUAUGAUGGAAUUGUAAACUUUUCAUCAUCUAGGUUAUUUUAUACAAGUAAAGAUCUACUGUGUCAAGAUUUUCAGAUUUUCAUCAUCUAAGUUCGAGUGCUUAGUACAAAAAUACCUAAAACUUCAGUCAAGUGUGAUGCAAAUAUAUAGAGCUAUACACUAUCAAGAUGAAAAAAAUAGGUCAAGCGCGAUCGCGAAUGGAAAAUCACGGUUGGAAUGGUGAUAUUUAUGUUUUUAAUGGAG